AUCUUGCAGAGGAGUACAAUGUCAUAUUAGGCAGGGAAGGCUUAGAAGAGCAGGAAAUUGCAGGCAGACGACUUGAAAAUGAAGUUUGGCAAGAUUUAUGUGAAGUGGGAGCAGGGUCAGGUGGGAAAUACUGAGUCCAAAGCAGGAGGAGGAGGUGGUGGAGGAGGAGGGGGAAGUUGGAGAUGAAGUAGAGGUGGGGGUUAGGGGGGGAUCUGCAGGGACAAAGAGAAGCUGGGCAGGUGUACAGAGUCUCAUUCUCCUCGGUCAUGACCGGAGCUCCAUGCCGAUAUCUGUGAGCAGGGAGCAGACCGAGUGAGGUGCCGUCACGGGACACAGGAUGGUGAAGUGUUGGAAAUGUUCGGACAACUGCCUGGAGGACGCUCAGUGCACGGUAAGCAGGACAGCAAAUCCUGACUGACUGAGGAAAGGAUGUUUGGAUUCUUGAUCACACGCAAAUGAAUUAACUUGUGAUAAGGCAUGUGAGGUAUAAGAUACUGCUCAACAUGCUUGUCAAUGGUUCUCAUGUGUUGUAUACAGGAUGGGGGCUCUGCUGUGUCCCCCCAGUCCCGCUUUCCACACAAGGCAUUCUGGUUAAGCCUCUCUGCCUCUCUGCUCGUCAUCAUCAUUGUCCUCAGUGUAACAGGGCACCUCAGGCUGCCAACACCUCACUCUCAGGUAUAUGACUGCUACUGUCCUUGAUAAUAUUCACUCAGUCAGAUUCUGAGUAAAUAUUUAUCCGUGAGUCUGCUUUUCUAGUCUUCACAGAUCAUCCGGAUCAUGAUGCCAGAUCAGAGUGGAGCUCUGAUAAACCAGUCAGCUGUCGUAGACCAGGAGAAUGACCUGGUGACGUUUUCUGUGACUUCACAUGCAAAUCAGACUUCAACUGUGCUCUUCGAUAUCAAACACGUACGUCUGAGCUUUUGUUACUUUGAAAGAAUCACAGAAAUAAGGCAAAACUAGUUCAACAGAUCGUAGAGGGAAUAACAUCUGAUUGGUGCUAUCGUUUCUCAGGGUUUAAUAUGUUACAAACCGAUGGAACAGCAGAGCUGCUUCCUGCGAAAGAUGGAGAAGUCUGACUAUGACAACAUGCACUCCCUUCUUCAGGAGUUCACACACAAGGUAAGAAGAGGCAGCAACCAUUCAACAGGUACUCAGCAGUCAUAUUGUACAAAGUGACGCUUAAAGAUUACAGAGAGAUCAGAAAAAGUGUUAUGACCUUUAAACAACCACAGGAAGACACAAAACCAGCCACAAAAGGACUUAAAAGAGAUGUCGAAAAUCCGCAAAGAGAUGCAAAACAAUUGCAAGAAUCCAAUAAGUUUAGAGUGAGUAUAAAAAAACUACAAAGAGACACACGACUUCAGAGAGACUUAGCAAAUAUUAAAGACAGUCACAAUAACCACAAAGAUGUACAAAAUAACCUCAGACAAAUCAAAAGGUAUUUGCAAUGUAGCACAAAGGGGCACGGUCUUCAAAAAUACAAAUAACAACAAAGGACAAAAAGGUGCAAAAUAAAUUCAAAAGACAACACACAGAAACUAUGAAGAAGCACAAAAUACUCAAAACAGAGAUUAAAAAAGAAAGGAAAAACAACAACCACAAAGAGACAAAGAUGAUUUCUAGAAGAUUUAAAAUCAUGAUAAUCACAAACAACCUUAAGAGAACGAUGGGAAGAGACAAAAUUAUCAUAAAAAAACAUACAUGACUGAAAUCCAACACAAAGAGACUACAGAAGAGCAACAACAAAAGAUAAACUAUGAAACACAAUUGCAAAACUACUUAAAUGAUACAACACAAAAUCAGAAAUGACUUCAAACACAUUAAAAUGACCACAAAACAUGAGGUAUUACAACAGAGAUUAAUUAACCAUCACAAGGAAGAACUUCAAAAAGACACUGAAAAAACAUCGAGCUAGAAACCACAAAAGACAACAACAACAAAAAGACACCAGAUGACCACUGAGUAAAUGAAAAGCUAGAUGUACAUACAAUUUAAAGUCAUACGCAAACGAUUUUAAAGACAAAAACAAUCAGGGUCAAACUGCAGAGAUAAAAACAAAACCAAAAAACAACUUAUGAGAGGUGCAAAACAACUGAAGAGACAUCGAUGACAGAAAAAUUAAAAAACAACUUUAAUUUCACAACCUCAGUAAGAUUUGAUUUCAAAGAGACACAAAAUGACCGUAAUAAUAUGUUGAAAACCACAAAAUAAAAUUCACCAAUAACAACACUUUGUGCAGUUUGAGGGGUGUCUUGAUGAAGACAGGGAGACCUUUUCUUUCUCAAAAUCCUUUGGUCUCUUUAAUUGCAUGAAGGAUAUUGGAGACCAUCGAGCUACACAUGAAAAGGGCAAAUUAAGUAAAAGAGAGGAGCAGUUGCCCUUUUGCCUCUCCCUGGUGUUUUUAAAGCCCCACUAAUGUGUGAACUGGCAUUUCUGACUGUGACUCAUACCUUUACCCCACUGAGCCAGCUCCUGCUGGGGUUCUUAGGUUUUGCAUGACUUCCCUGCUGCUCUUACAAAGAGAGAGGUUAAGCGUACCAGUCCUUAAAGAGCAGUAUAGUCGUCUUCUCUUGCCUCCACGGCUGAAUUCCUCUACACAUCUGAUCCCUCCAGGCCCCCUCAGCGUGCCCAGUAUCUCCUUACAGGAGGCUGCGACAGUGAGCCUUAACACCAGAGCGGGGCACAAUGGCCACUCUGUAUCGGAGCUUUUAAGCUUUUAAGACGCCUCUGUUGGAUUAAAAUACAGCCUGAUGUGUUGGCUAGUCUGGGAAGGGCCUGCUUUGUGGUAAAUUCUUGGAUCUCUGAUGCCAAAGUCCUUAAUUAGACCUGAAUUGAGCUCAGUUGCCGUAGGAUAUGAUUUAUGUACCACAAUCUUAAUACCUAAUUAUGACUGGGCAACAAGAACGGGUGAAUGAAUGCUGCUGUGGCUUUAAUAGAGACUAAAGAUGUGAUCUGAGACCUUGCAGGGGGCUCUGUUUCCCCACCUUAUCUUUUUGAGCACAAUAGUCCAUUUCCACGCAUCAAAAGCUUCAGUUGAGUAUUCGUGAUCCUGUCUGGUGGUGCCCCACAUCUCAACCAGCCCUACAGCAUUCAAACUGAGCUGUUGAUUGUGGUCAUUUCAUCAAUAACAGAAGGGAUAGGGAUAGUCCCUCUUUUCUGCGGCACAAUAGUCCCCUUGGUUAGAAAACGCGUUGCUACGUAACCUAGAGUUUUAAGCACCUUAAGUGGUUCACUAUCAGAGCCAAUCAGAGCUGUAAGUGGUGCAAUUACACAGACUUUGUGACAAGCAAGAGUGCAAAUGUCCGACUAUGUUGAUGUGAUUGGUCAAGAUAUCAGGCUAACAGCUGCUGAAGUUCGGUCUUUCUUUGUUGGUUCAAAAUGUGAAUGUACUGUAUAAGACUGCAGCUCAUUUAUUCCUGUGCUCUGUCUUCAUAAGAGUCACUUCCAGCUGUCUGCAAAUGAGACACAGAGACAGAAGGAGUUCCUGGGAGUGCUAGCAGACACUCAGGUGGACUUGUCCACACUGGAGGAGCCUCUUCAGGCUCUGUGCCACGACAGAACCAUCCACUGGACCAGGAGGGUUGAAGGUGAGGACACGCACGGUAUUAAUUUAGUCCCUCUCACACUGUCCUGCUGCAGUGACAGAUUUACUGAAGAACAAAACUUUGAUUUUGCUGUUUUGUCCUCUUUGACUGUAUUUUUGAUUUCUGACACCCCGAAGCAGUAUCCUCCACAUCUUUGCUGAGCUCUCCUGUACAUGUAUCGGUAAUUCCAGGUUUUGCUGUGAAAAAUGUUGAGAGUAAAACUUCCGGCUGAGCAAAACACAUCUAUAAGACAUCUAGUUUUUUCUUAGACCUAAUUGCAACCAUCUAGAUUCUGUAUAUUUUUAGACAGAAUUUAUACGUUGCACUUUAACCCAUUAUUCGAUAACUAUUUAUUUCAAAAAGCAACUGUGAGUUGCAUAACUGAUCACCAAGUACGUAAAAAAAUAAUUAUGAUAGCCGUUGAGCAAUAUACAGUGUAGUAUAUAUAUAGCCCAGACUUAGACUUAGUCUAAACUUGGUCUAAAUUUAGAUGUCUAAAAAAACCAUUCAUUUUUAGACCUGUGGUAGCCUGAUUUUAGACCAGUCAUCUAGGCUACAUUUAGACGUCUAUUAGACCUCUUUCAGACCAGGGUCUCAAGGAUUGUUUGUCAGGGUUCAAAGCUCACACCUACCUCCUUAUGUGGGUGACAGACAUUAGCAAUAAUGAUACAGAAAUUGUCGGUUUUCUCCUCAAUAGUCUUGGAUGCUUUGUGGGUCAUAAAAAGACAUCAAUGUUAAUUUUAAUGUUUCAUACUCAAUUAAACAAACAGUGUUUUCCUCAUGUAGACUUAAAGGGUGAGGAUUACUCCUAUAGUACUAUUAUGCUCUACUAGCCAGAUGUAAACAACCCAGAUGGUGGAUGGCAUCUUGUUACACAGCAUGGAUUUGCAGUGUUUGGUUCAGUUUCUUUUAGGUAGUCUCUGCUUAAAUUAGCAUUCAACCACUGGACUGGUUUACCUUUUACCAGUACAGAUAUGUGGACAUAAAUCCACAAAGAGGAAUUAAGUCCAGUUGGACUUAAACUUCAGUUGUCUGCUGGGGCAUAUUGCACAGUCAGUUUAGUUUGCAUGACCAAAACAGACCCCCAAAAUUUGUUAGGAUUUUCUCUGAUUUGUGAAUAUCAUUUCCUGUAAUUCUGUAUCUUGCCUAAGAUUUCGUCCCUCCUCCUGAGCCUCUGUUGUUUUUGUGUUUUUUUUUUUCAGGUCUAGGUAAACAGAGACUGGUCUAUUUCUGCAUCGACAUCUGCUUUCCCAGUAACAUCUGUGUCUCUGUGUGUUUCUACUACCUACCAGAGUGAUUGAGCUACUCUCCUUUCCUCCUCCCAGCAAAAGAUCAGGGAAACAAAGUUGUCUUUUUAGCCCCUCUAAAAAAAAAAAAAAGAAAAAGAACAAAAAGCAGCUUUGGCAGUUUUCUCUGAGCCAUACAGCUGCCAGUAAACCAGUGAAGCAGCCAACACUCCCAGUCCAUUUUCCAUCCUUCCAAGAGAGAGAGAGAGGAGACGGAGACAGGCUGUCAGGGUUAUCGCAAGAGCCCCUUCACCACUCCCUUCAUGUGUAAUACCCUCUCUGGUGGCACGCUUCAGAGAUUAUAGAAGAAAGAUCCCCUUUUCUGUGUUUCCUGUGAUCCACUGCUGCACUGUCAUUAUGUGUAACUGUUCCCUUUGCAACAAGAGUGUUUCAUACUGUUCAAUAAAGGGCUGUGGUGUAUAUUU